AUGCUGGAGGAUAUUCAGGAGUUUCAGGCACAGCAGGAGGAGGUCGAGGAGGAGAGGAGGAAGAGGGCGGAGAGGGAAGCGAGGAGUGUGAGUUUUGAGAGUAGGAAGCCUGGGGAGAAGGAGGAGGGGGAGAAGCAGGAUGGGGAGGGGAAGCAGGAUGGGGAAGGGAAGCAGGAUGGGGAGGGGAAGCAGAAGGGACAGCAAAGGAAGAGGGGGACGCCACCGCCUAGACCGGGAUUCCAGCUGUCGGACACCAUGAGCUGGGUGGUGGGUGCUAUUUUGCUGUAUCCCCUGCUGUCGCUGUUUAUGGGUGGGGAUAACUCUAGGGAGAUCACCUGGCAGGAGCUGCGGAGGACGUUUUUGGACAAGGGCUUGGUCAAGAAGCUGAUUGUUGAUCACGACCGGGUCAAGGUUGAGCUGGAUAGGGAGGCGGUCAACUCUGUUUACCCUGGGUCUACUGCUGGCAAGCCUGGGUUUCAUUACUACUUCACCAUUGGCUCUAUUGAUGCCUUUGAGAGGAGACUGGACGAGGCGCAGCAGGAACUGGGGAUCCCGACCUCGGACAGGAUACCGGUCUCGUAUGCCUCUGAGAGCAACUUCAGCAACUUGUUGAUUGCUUUUGGGCCGACGUUGAUGAUCAUGGGUCUGUUGAUCUGGUCGGCGAGACGGGCCGGUGCUGGUAUGGGUGGUGGUGGGAGCGGCGUCUUUGGUUUCGGCAAGAGCAAGGCCAAAGAGUUCAACCAUGAUGCGGCUGUCAAGGUCAAGUUUGCGGAUGUGGCGGGUAUGGAUGAGGCCAAGACGGAGAUUAUGGAGUUUGUGAGCUUCUUGAAGUCGCCGGAGCGGUUCCAGAGGCUGGGUGCCAAGAUCCCGAGGGGUGCGAUCUUGUCUGGUCCGCCCGGUACUGGCAAGACGCUUUUGGCCAAAGCCACGGCUGGCGAAUCUCAGGUGCCGUUUUAUUCUGUCAGUGGCUCCGAGUUCGUCGAGAUGUUUGUCGGUGUUGGUGCCUCGAGGGUUCGGGAUCUGUUUUCGACCGCGAGAAAGAACGCUCCCUGCAUCGUCUUUAUCGAUGAGAUUGAUGCGGUUGGAAAGUCCCGUUCGGAGGGCGGCGGCUUCAGGGGCGGUGGCAACGACGAACGGGAGUCGACGCUGAACCAGAUCUUGACCGAGAUGGACGGCUUCAACACCUCGGAGCAGGUUGUUGUGUUGGCCGGCACGAACAGACCUGACAUUCUCGACAAGGCUCUGAUGCGUCCUGGCCGUUUUGACAGACAUAUCCACAUUGAUCGGCCGACGAUGAAGGGUCGUCAGGAGAUUUUCAAGGUGCAUCUUAAGAAGAUUCUGACGAAUGAGGAUUUGACCUACUUGACUGGUCGGUUGGCCGCGUUGACUCCUGGGUUUGCCGGAGCUGACAUUGCCAAUGCGGUCAACGAGGCUGCUCUUAUUGCUGCUCGUGCCAACGCUUCCAGUGUUGCCAUGAUCCACUUCGAGCAGGCCAUCGAGCGUGUCAUUGGUGGUCUUGAGCGCAAGUCUCUCGUCCUCGACCCCGAAGAGAAGAGGACAGUUGCCUAUCACGAAGCUGGUCACGCUGUUUGCGGCUGGUACUUCCGGUGGGCUGACCCUCUCCUCAAGGUGUCCAUCAUCCCCCGUGGCCAGGGCGCUCUCGGUUACGCCCAGUACCUCCCCGCCACCGACGCUUACCUCAUGUCGACCAACCAGCUCAUGGACCGCAUGGCCAUGACCCUCGGCGGUCGCGUCUCUGAGGAGCUUCACUUCCCCACCGUCACCACCGGUGCUUCUGACGACUUCAAGAAGGUCACCCACAUGGCCACCACCAUGGUCACCCAAUGGGGCAUGUCCAAGAAGCUCGGACCGCUCCACUUCAACAACGACGAGAACCAGCUCAAGAAGCCGUUUGCCGAGUCGACCGCCCAGAUGAUUGACGCCGAGGUCCGGAGAAUCGUGGACGAGGCGUACAAGCAGUGCAAGGACCUGCUGACGGCGAGGAAGAAGGAGGUUGGGAUUGUGGCCGAGGAGCUGCUGAAGAAGGAGGUGCUGAGCAGAGAUGACCUGGUCAGGCUGCUGGGACCGAGGGAGUGGCCGGAGAAGGAGGAGUUUUCCAAGUACUUUGACGGAAAGGGGGGCAAGGGGACGGCCGCACCGCCUUUUCCCACCGAGAGCACGGAUACACCUGGGGGUCCGGAGCCUGCUAUGAAGGAGCAUGAGGAGGGAGAGGAGAAGAGGUGA